AUGACGACGAGUCAUUUUUAUAUUCAAUUUUUAUUUUUGUUAAUAUACAGUGCACAUUCUAAUAGCGUGACUUAUCAAGAUAGACCAAAAAUUAAGACAUCAGAUGGUGACCUUAUUAUUGAAUCGGCUCACGAUAGAAAUAUUUACAUAAAACCAAAUGGACCCAAAUCAAAAGUUUUCGUUGGGAACGUCAAUAUCAUCGACGUAAAUACUACUACUGAGAAUUCUUUAUUGCCUCCUGACUACAACAGUGGGCGGAGUUCUAGAGAAGAUAUUGCAGAUAUUAUAAGAAGAAUAGAAAGACUAGAAAGUGCAAGUACUCAACCAAGUAAUCAACUCGUAAACAUAACUUACCUGACUAGAAGAAUAAAUACAUUAAGUUUUAAAGUGCGCACAUUGCAAUCUCUGAUUAAUAGUAGAGGCAAGGAUGAAUGUCAGUCACAUCCUUGUGAAAACGGCGGUACUUGCUUAAAUCUAGUCAAUGGCUUUUACUGCAUAUGCCCACAUAAUUGGAAGGGAGUAGGCUGUAAUGAAGAUGUUAACGAAUGUAAAAUGUAUGCUGGAACAGAUCUAGGGUGUCAAAAUGGUGCAACGUGCAUUAAUACACCGGGCUCAUAUGAGUGUAUUUGUAAACCAGGAUGGUUUGGACUUCACUGCACAAGAAAAGAAAAAAAUUGUACAGGAAACGAUUAUGAAAUUUGUGGACAUGGCACGUGCUUGCAGGUAAACACAGGAGUAGGCAUAAAAUGUUUAUGUGAACAGGGAUGGACCACGAACGACACGAGUAUUGCUUGCCUAACCGAUGUAAAUGAGUGUACAUCAUCUCAAGGACCAAGGUGCUCAGUAAAUCCACCUGUUGACUGUAUCAAUAUCCCUGGAUCAUUUGUAUGCGGACGUUGUCCAUCAGGAUACGAAGGAGAUGGUUUUAUUUGUCGCGAUAUAGAUGAAUGCCUCACAUUACCAAAUGGCGGAUGUAGUUUGAGUCCAAAGGUUUCUUGUUAUAAUACUAUUGGCUCACGAAUAUGUGGCUCUUGUCCACCGGGAUAUGAAGGAGAUGGAAUGACGUGUACUUGGAGAGGCUCAUGUCGUAUUAAUGGUGGUGGCUGUCACCCAUCAGCUCAGUGUAUUGAAACUCCUGGAUUUGGUGGACAAGUAGUACAAUGUAUAUGUCCAAUAGGCAUGGCAGGAGAUGGUGUAGAACGGACGGAAGAUCGACGAGGGGUUAUAGGUGUGAAUGUACUGCUCUUUAUACUGGUGAUUUAUGUCAACUACGUACUGAAUCGUGUGGGGGGAGUUCUUGAUGCUAAAGAAGGCAGUAUAAUUUAUCCACCAACAAACACGACAUAUAAGCCAAAUGCACGAUGUGCAUGGGUGAUUCAUACUGCACCAGAUAAAGUACUCAAUGUGACAUUUAGUAAAUUUAACUUGGAACACCAUGCUGAUUGCUACUACGAUUUUGUUCAAAUCCAUGACGGCAGAAGUUCAGCAAGCCAGCUGAUUGGUCGAUUUUGUGGCAGAGAUUUACCAAAUGGUGGAAAUAUUGUAUCAAGUCACAAUAAUUUGUAUUUUUGGUUUCGGUCUGAUCAAACAAUAUCAGGAGAAGGAUUUGCACUACACUGGAAAAGUAUUGAUCCCAUUUGUGGAGCAUUCGUUGACGCAACGACACAUGGCCGCAUAAAUUCACCAGGAUCCCCUGGAAAAUAUCCACCGAAUCGAGAUUGCUACUGGCGUUUAAUAACUAAUUUAGGUAAGAGAAUUCAAUUACAUUUCUUUCAGUUAGACUUAGAAACACAUCCAAAUUGUAGUUUUGAUUAUCUUGCUAUUUACGAUGGCUUACGUAAAACCGAUCCAUUACUGAGCAAAUUUUGUAACUCUACCCAACCUGCACCAAUUCUGUCGGCUGGCCCAGAAAUAUUAAUUCAUUUUCAUUCUGAUGCUUACGGUUCCGGGAAAGGCUUUCAAAUAACUUAUGCACCUGCUGAAGGUGUGCCGGGUUGCGGUGGGUUUUAUACCUCAGAUAAAGGUGAACUUAUUUCACCCGUAUACAAUGAAAAAUACCUUAAUAAUCUUCUUUGCGAUUAUAAGAUACAAACAAAUCCAGAAACGAAAAUUCGACUUACAUUUAAAUCGUUUAACUUAGAGAGAUCUUUUAGAUGUCGAUACGACUAUCUUGUUAUUUAUGAUGGACCUAAUGAAAAUUCGAGACUAGUAGGUAAAUUCUGUGGGGCCAAUGUUCCGAAAACUAUCACUUCCACGUCUAAUACUCUAUUUUUCCGAUUCAAGUCAGAUCAAAGUAUAUCAUCUGGUGGAUUUCACAUUGCCUAUGAAUCCGUUUGUCAUAAAACCAUAAUGGGAGACAGCGGGAUUGUCAAGUCUCCGGGCUAUCCUUUCAAAUAUCCAAAAAAUACAGUCUGUGAAUACGUUAUAGGUACUUCCCCUGGUAAAAUAAUAGAGUUAACUUUUCAGGACUUUGAUAUUGAGGAUAACCGAAUUUAUAAUUGUCAGUAUGAUUUCGUUGAGGUUCGUGACGGACCAAAUGCUAAUUCCACUUUGCUUGGAAAGUAUUGUGGGGGUUCAGAUCAUAUACCGCCAACACAGACGUCUUCGUUCAACUAUCUGUAUCUUGGUUUUCAUUCAGAUAUGAGUAUAUCUGGGACAGGUUUUUACGCAAAUUAUACGACUCUAGACACCGAAUGCGGUGGUAUUUUCAGAGAAACAACGGGUCUCAUUAACCACCCAGCUGCUGAAAAACAGUUUUAUCGCAAUGAUCAGUCCUGUACGUGGCUUUUGAUUGCGCCAGAAGGCAUGCAUAUUAAACUAACUUGGAAUAGAUUUAAUACUGAAAAACAUAUAUAUUGUGAAAGCGAUUAUGUUGAAUUAUUAGAAUUCGAUGAAAAUAAUGAAAACAGCACUUUAGGUAAAUACUGUGGAAAUUCACAACCCCCUGCGAUAACGACUUCAUCGAAUAGGCUAUUAAUAAAAUUUCGAUCUGAUAGUAGUCUGACAGGAAAAGGGUUUUCAGUUUCAUAUGCAUUUUUAGAUGAGAAACUUCAUUGCGGUGGGGUGUAUAUUAAAACGCACGGAUAUAUUUAUUCUCCGGGUUGGCCAGCAAAUUACGAACCUAACAGAGAUUGCACAUGGACUAUAACUGUACCUGUAGGACAGCAGAUAGCUUUAAAUAUUUCAGAAUUUGACUUAGAAAUGCCUAUCCGAGAUAAAUGCGACAUGGGAGACUAUUUAGAAAUAAGAGAUGGAGGGUCUCAAAGUGCACCAUUAAUGGGAAAACUUUGUGGAUCUUUCAAAUCAAAGCGUAUUGUUUCUACAGCUCAUAAUUUGUAUAUUCGCUUUCACUCUGAUUUUUAUCUAUCUGGAAAAGGGUUUAAGUUAGAAUGGGACGGAACCAUACGAGGUUGCGGUGGUAAACUUACGAGUGUUACUGGAUCAAUCUCAUCUCCUAACUAUCCUCAAAAUUAUAAUGACAAUGCUGAAUGUUUCUAUAAAAUUGUUACUAGUAGUGGGUCUCGUAUACGAAUUAGUUUUAUAGAAGUAGACCUGGAGUCAACAGCUAAUUGCAGGGAUGACUACGUAGAAAUAUAUGAUGGCCGUGACGUUUAUGCCCCAAGUUUGGGAAAAUACUGCACAGAAAAUAGUAAUCAUACCAAUAUUCAAACCACAAGUAAUCAUGCUUUUAUAAAAUUCCGAUCAGAUAUUUUUGUUGGUGGAAAAGGCUUUUUACUUAAUUAUGAAACAAUUUGCAAUACUAAUAUUACUAGCGGUAGUUACGGAGUUAUAGAGAGCCCUGGAUAUCCUAGCAAUUAUCCUUUGAACUUAGAUUGUUUGUGGACAGUCGUUGUUGGAAAAGGAAAUAGAAUAAAUGUUACAUUUACGAACUUUGACAUAUUUACAAGUCAGUCAUACAGCCCAUGGUUAAGAUAUCAUAUUAUGACCAGAAGGCCUUCUUUUGUAUCAAAUCCUUAUUAUAGAAGUACCACUCAGUGUACUUUUGACUAUUUACAAUUUAAAGAAGUAAACGAAGAAAACUUUUCUAAUAAAUACUGCGGUAGAAGUUUGCCACCUUCGUUGACGACUCACGGUAACACGUUACAAAUAAAAUUUGUCACUGCUUUUUAUAACGCAGGUAAAGGAUUCAGACUCGAAUGGGUUAAAGAUGGAUGUGGAGCAUAUCUUAAAAAAAGUUUUGGUUCAUUUCAGUUAGUCAAAAAUAUAAUAGGUUCUGACACUGAGUUAGAAUGUGAAUGGUUAAUAGAAACACCACCAGGCACCAAGGUUACUGUCGGAUUUGACGAUAUAUUACUAAAAGAAACAGCGAACUGUACUGUUGAUGCUAUUGAAAUGUAUAAUGGACAAAGUAGUAAAUCUCAUCUACUCGCAAAACUUUGUCAUCGAGGAACUAAUGCUAUUCAAUCAAGCAGUAAUUUUAUGAUGAUAAAAUUAAUUAAAAAGUCAACUUUAAGAAGUAUAUACGUUUCAGCUCAUUUUGAUUCUUUUACUUCAGGGUGCGGUGGUCAUAUGGUUGCUCGUUCAGGUAUACUGCAUUCAGAGAAUUAUCCUAGAAAUUACAAUGAUAACUCAGAUUGCUUUUGGUAUAUAUCUGUACCAAAUAAUCACAGAAUAGAACUAAACAUUUUAGACCUUGAUCUUUAUUCGAAUGACGAUGGUGACGAUAGCUGUGGAGAUUCCAUAAAAAUAUAUGAAGCCACAUAUAUAUGGAAUUCUAACUAUACAAAUCGUAUUUGUCCAGGGUCUAACACGUCUCAGAUCAUAACCAACGGUCCCAAUAUGGUAGUCGAGUUUACCACAGACAGCUACGGAACCGCGAAGGGUUUUAAGGCUAAUUAUACAGCGACUUGUGGAGCUGUCAUAGAGGCUACAUACGAUGGCACCAUAACUAACGAUAAGUACGUUACCCAAGCCUUUAAAAAUUGUACGUGGGUUAUAUUAGCACCCGAUUUAAGUCAAAGAAUUAAACUUACAAUAGAACACAUAUCGAUACCUCGCAACGUAGACGUUGUGUCAAAUAAAAACUGUCCAGGUUCAUUUCUAAUAAUAUUUGAUGGCAACGAUAUCUACUCUCCAAUCCUUGGAGAGUACUGUGGCCACAAAGUACCUCCCAUGAUAAUAAGUUAUGGCAGUGCACUAACUAUCAUGCAUGGAACGUAUGCGGAUGUGCCAAAUGGCUACUUUACUGCACACUAUUCAACUUUAUCCAAUGCAUGUGGUGGCACAUUAACAUCAGAAGAAGGUUUAAUAGCAUCUCCAAAUUAUCCGCUUUCUUAUCCACUUGGAAUCGACUGUGAAUGGACUUUACAAUCGUCUGUUGGAAAUGGAAUGUAUGUUACAUUUGAAACGUUUGAUUUAGCUUUUUCGGAUCGUUGCAACGAAGAUUAUUUAGAGAUACGCGAAAAAGAUGGCGCAGGAAAAUUAUUAGGCUUAUAUUGCGGUAAUGAUAUACCGCUCAAUAACACUAGUGGUUCAAUGCUGUAUAUAAAGUUUCAUAGUGAUGAUCAUGAAGCUAGAUCGGGAUUUUUAGCUCAUUUUGGAAUUCUUCAUGAAAAUGUGAUAUCUGGGAAAAACUUUGGAGACAUAUCUUCCCCGCUUUACCCUCACCCAUAUGAAAGGGUUGGUACAUUUACUUGGCGAAUAAUCUCUAGUGGGACAAAAAGUCUCAAUCUAAUAAUAGAUGAAUUAGUUUUAGUUCAAAAGCAGGAGGAGUUUUGUAAUAGUAAACUUAUCGUAUAUGAUGGUUAUGACGAAGAAAGUCCAAUUUUAGAAGAAUUGUGCGGUAUCAUUAGAAACGAAGACAAAAUUUUAAAAACGCGUAGCUCAAUUAUUUAUCUUAAAUUCGUUGUGAAUGAGCCCGAAAUAGGUGCAAUAUUCCACUUGAAAUGGUCGGAGUCUGAUUCUGACACAACGGAGCUAAAACGAAAUUGUGGUUUCAAUCAAACCAAGAUUGUAACUUCAGGUCAGACCAGUUAUUUCCACUCUCCCAAAUAUCCAGAAGAGUAUGGAAAUGAUUUAAAGUGUGAGUGGUUAUUUGAAGCUACAGAGGGUCACCAUUUGCAAUUGAGGUUUACAGAUUUUAAAAUCGAAGAAACUAGUGGUUGCUAUGCUGAUCACGUAUCCAUAUAUUCUAGGAAUACCAACGAAGAAUGGUCAAUAAUAAAGGAAAAAAAAUGUCUUUGGGAAGAUGUUAAGGGUAAAUUUGAUGUUUCACAAAUGCUCAAGGUUAUAUUUGAAACCGAUAUUUCAUCAGGACAUAAAGGUUUUUCUGCAUCCGUUACAUCACAAUGCGGUGGGGUUCUCUUAAAAGAAUCUGGUGUGAUAGAGCUUACAAAGCAGGACCGAGCUAAAAUACUGGAUAAUAACAUUCGAUGCAACUGGACAGUGCACGUUCGACCAGGGCGUACUGUUAAGUUAUUUUUUGAACACUUUAAUAUAACUAAUUCUAAUGAAUGUAAUGAAUAUGUGAUGAUCAGAAAUGGUGAAAGCUACCAAUCUCCAUUAUUAGGUAUUGGAAAAUAUUGUGGGUAUUCACAUGAAAGCAGGGAAGUUUUAGAGUCAUCGAGUAGUACCGUAUAUGUAAGUUACGUACUCAACCGUAAUCUCAUUAAUAUUGACGGGUCUAGUUUUCACAACUUUAAGUUACGAUAUGAGGAAAAAAAUAUAGAAUGUGGCAUAACAUCGACUUUAGACAGUGAUCACAAAUGGGAAAUCAUAUCAUCUCCAAAUUACCCAUCUGUACCAAUGCCUUAUUCCGAAUGCAUUUGGGUAUUCACUGGACCACCGGGAGAAAUAUUAAGAGUUGAUUUUAUUGAUAGAUUUGAUGUCGAUAAAGUAGGUGAAUGCAAAGACGAAUCAAUAGAAUUACAUAAUGGAGGAUCAGCAUUAGCCCCACUUCUUGGAGUUUAUUGUGGUCAAAAACCGGGAACUAUAAAAAGUAGCAGCAAUGCCGUUUAUAUUAAAUUUACAACUAGACUAGCAGAACCGAGGAAUGGCUUUAAGGCAAAUAUAUCUGUCGAUGUAUGUGGCGGGACUAUUGUCGCAGAAUCAGGUGAACUAACUUCUCCUGGUUAUCCUCAUAUGUUAACUUUGCCAAGUGGAACCGUUUGUCAGUGGCAAAUUAUUUCUCCCCUCAAACAUUCAAUUAAGCUUUUCAUGGUCGAUUUAAAUUUACCAGAACCCAAAGAUUUAUGCAAAACAAAUAUUACAUUUACAGAAAUAAUACCAGGAAAUAAAACAGCCGUGAAAUUAAAAGAAUUCUGCAGUGAUAUUUAUGAAAAUGUUAAUUCUGUAGUUGAAACAUCUACAAAUGAAGUAACAGUAACAUUGUUUAUUGGAAAUCCUAGUGAGUAUAAUCAAAUAUCAGAAUAUAGAGGAUUCAAAUUAACAUUCAAUUCAUCUCGACCUACUUGCGGUGGAAAGGUAACACAAUCUGAAGGGUACAUAACCACACCUGGUUAUCCACGUGGCACUGUAUUGCGAUAUUGUCAAUGGAUUAUUACAGUUCCAGACCGAACGAGGAGAAUUAAAUUGGAAAUAAUGGACUAUAAUGACCAUGAAAGGAUAGGAAUUUAUAAUGAUGCAACUUUUGAGUCUCUCAUCGACUUGUAUCUCGGCAAGAAUGGCAGUCAGACCCCACUUGUUUAUGAAUCAACUGGCAAUACUAUUGCUAUAUACUUACUGAUUAAAACGGGUUCAGUUCCUCAUGAUAUGCAACGAUUUAAAGCGAAAUUUAGUUCAAACGAACCUGCAUUAUGUGGAGAUACUAUUGCAGGCGACAAUGGUGUGAUUAUAGCCCCUGAUUUGGAACGUUCAUAUAUCUGUAAGUGGACAUACAAUAUAGGUCAAAAUAAGAACAACACAGUUAAUUAUAACACAAUGCUCCUAACGAUUAGAGACAUCUCUUCUAUGGAUUCAAAAUGUUAUUAUUCACAUUCGCGAUUAAUAAUAGACGCACAAAUAGGCAAAUUGCAUCAGAAAUUUUCUCGCAGUAUUUGUGGAAAUAACACCGAAGUGUCUUACAGGAUACCGUUAACUUCGUUGACCAUAAAAGCUGUUCAAAUCACUCGUCAACCUCUGACAUUUAGUAGCACUUGGAAAAUACAACCAUGUGGCGGAAUAAUACAUGUUACAAAACAGUCGAAAGAUAUUUUAAAUAUACCCAAGUCAUUUGACGAUACCUUGGACUGCGGAUGGAUUAUUGUCGCUCCCAUCGGCGAAAAAACAGAGACAAAAGUAGAAGGUACCUUUAACUACGAUUGUUCCGAUGAAUUUAUAACUAUAAACCACGGUUUAGCACAAUCUGGAUCUACUUUAGAGUACUGUAAGGAUAAAUUACUUGAAAAUGCACUAAUCACAACCUUUAAAUACACAUACGUUCAGUAUCACUCCAAACCCCAACGAUCUGCGAAUGUAAAACUUGUAGCUAAAAUAUCAAGCGAUGAAUGUGGAGGUUAUCUAAGCGGAUACGACCGGGUGUUUUCUUCUCCUAAUUACCCUAAUAGCUAUCCAGCUAAUGUGGAAUGUACAUGGAUAAUUCAGGCCUCUGUAGGCUACAGAGUAUCACUUUCGUUCGUGCAACGGUUCGUCAUUGAGGAUACGACAAACUGCACUAAGGAUGUAGUUAUUAUUUAUGAUUGGAAAAACGAAGCAUACAAUGAAGUUGCAAAGUUAUGUGGACGACAGAUUCCAGCAGUAUUCAAUUCGACUUCAACUCGAAUGAAAGUAGUUUUCCGUACUGAUGCAAAUACUAAUCUCGAUGGCUUUAUGGCGCAAUGGUCCCAGAUUUGCGGCGGACAGUUUAUAGCCACGGAAAAAGAACAAUUUAUUUACAGUCCAGGUUAUGGAAGCAAUUAUGAUCCACUACUCGAAUGCUUCUACGAAAUAAAAGCGCCUAAUCAAAAAGUUACGGUAAAGUUUUUAGAUUUUGCGCUCGAAGGAUUUUACCCUGAGUGUAAAUUUGAUAACGUAACUAUUGGUCUGAAGCGUGAAUAUGAAAUUAUGCUUAAGAUAUUUUGUGGAAAACACCUGCCAACUAACAUGGAAAGUUUUGAGGAAGUAACGAUUAAUUUCAAAACAGACGCAAUCGGCCAAGAUAAAGGAUUUAAGCUUUCCUAUUCAAUUUAUACGUGUGGAAGAAAUAUAACUGAGCCUGCAAUUAUUAAGUCAUCAGAAUCAAGUGAAUACUAUAAUAACAUGAAUUGUACGUGGACAAUUCAAGCGCCACAAAAUAAACAUGUAAUCGUUAAGUUUUCAUACAUUGACCUGGAAAGUCACAUAUCCUGUUAUAAUGACUAUGUUGCCGUAUUUGAUGGAUCCAAAAUAGAAGAGGAUAAACGGUUAGCUCUCUUAUGUGGAAACAUUACGUCUCCUACAGUGAUAAAAAGUAAAAGCAAUAAUGCAAUAGUACAAUUUGUGUCAGAUGAAUUUUUGAAUUAUAGAGGCUUUAGGGCUCAAAUCGCUUUUAGCUAUGGCGAAUCCGUGGGAUGCGGUGGUACCAUCAAUUUACUUUCAGUUAGCCAGUAUACAUUGAAGUCUCCACUAAUAGGGAAAGCGUUUGUGUAUGAAAACUAUUUAGAUUGCCACUGGACUGUAACUGCUCCAGAAGAUCGCGUGAUUAGGUUGACAUUUACUGCUUUUCAUGUAUCACCUUGUGUGAAUGUUAAUCAAACAGCUGUUGGAAUUAAUAAAUGUGACUGCGAUUUUGUCGAAGUCAAAGACGGGCUCAGCCCCGAUAGCUUGGAAAUUGGUAAAUAUUGUGGUCAUACUUUACCACCCGAUAUAGUUUCCUCUGACAAUCUAAUGGCCAUUCGUUUGUACACUGACGGCGAGAUCGUGAGCUCAGGUUUUGAGAUUACUUUAAGAGUUGAUACUGCGAUAUGUGCUCACUCUGAAUUUAUGCUCAAUUAUACGACUCAGAUUAUUCGUACACCCGGUUUCGAAAAUGGUGCCAUUCCUCGAGGUUUGCACUGUAUAUAUAAUUUUAAAGGUAGGUCAUACGAUUACAUACGGUUACGAAUACAAUCACUAGAUUUACAAUCGGGAACAGGCAAGAACUGCGACAAAGACAAAUUAAUCAUUAGGAGCUUUCCGGAAACUCGCAACAUGACACUGGGAAGUAAUUACGUUCUCAAUAGAUACAGUGAUAACUUUUUUAUGCAUUCGAAUAUCUACGACCCAACAUUGAGUUUCCCAGAGCAUUUUACUUUAUGUGGUGCGAGUCAUUCUCUAGAUUUACAUUUCACAGGAAGUGUCAGUUUAAAUCUGAUAACUUCUCCUGAAUCUCCAUCGACACAUAAAGGUGUUGAAAUUGAGGCAUCGCUAGUUGGUUUCUGUGGUCGAAAUUACACAGAAGCAUUCGGUCGAAUACAGACUACGUACAUUGAUAAUGUCGAAACGAAAUUUACUGAUUGCUAUACAUUGAUAACUGCUCCAGAAGACUAUACAAUAUCUAUAUAUUUUAAUACAGUGUAUCCAGUUUAUUACGAUAAUAACGCCUACUUGGAGAUAUUGGACGGUGACAAAUCAACGUCUCCGGUUCUGUUGAAAAUAGGUGCUGAAUAUGAGCAAAGAUCGGUGUUUUCAACAGGUAGGUAUUUACUGAUGCAUAACCAUAUUCAUGAGGCUGAUCAAACUCUAUACGAUUUGAAUUAUGUUGUGACUAACAAAGGACGCGGUUGCGGAGGUAAACUUGUUAACGAAUUGGGAAGGAUCACGAGUCCUUUGUAUCCUGAUACAUACAGGAAACGGUCGAGUUGUGAAUGGGAACUGGAAACACCGAUAGGUACUCGUUUAUUGUUGCAUUUCAGUGAAUUCGAUUUAGGCAGAAUGUGUGAUCAGAACUAUUUAAGCCUAGUUGAUAGAAGUGGUAGUGUUAUAUCAACAUAUUGUUCAGAUACACCAGCCGACUACACUAGCGAGGAUAAUUACGUAAAAGUGGUUUUUGACACCUCGAUGAACAAUGGUGGUACAGGUUGGGUAGCAGAUUUCAUUGGAAUAUUGUAG